AUGUCCGUACCGGUCCCGCAACCCCCGUUCUUACCGAGCGACCUAGAACAGUUCGCUGAACAUGCGAAGGACCACCCCGACCAGUGGUUCGAAUACUGCCGCCGCGCGUAUGACUAUAUCGAAAGCAUCCAAUCUGACGCUGCCAACGCCCGUGAGCGUGUGGACCAAGCCGAACUACAACUACAAGCCGCGAGGAUAGAGAUUACCCGCCUUACGAAGGAGCUGGCCGCGGCCGAGCGCGACCACCUGCGAGAUGCUGCAUUCCUUGAGUAUCAGAAGAAGCUUUACGAUGAGGCGCAGCAUACUAUCGCCCGCACGGAAGCCGCACGGAUGCGUGCGGUUGAACUCGCUAUCCCUACGGUGAAUACCGUACCUGCCCCUGCCCUUGAGCCUGCCGCUGAGCCUGCUGUAGCUGCUGUUAUGGGAGCGCCUCCGUCGCUUACUCCCGAAUCUUCCGGCUCACACGUACGAUCCGAGCGUCUUCCCGACCCUGACAAGUUUGAAGGAGAACGAAAGGAUCUCCGCCGAUUCAUUUCCCAAGUUAAGGAGAAACUGAAUAUCAACCGUGACCGUUACCCGACCCCGCAGUCCCGAAUGACCUACGUGACCAACCGCCUGAAGGGCGUCCCCUACGCCCAGAUCCUGCCGUACAUCCGCGAAGGCGUCUGCCAGCUGAAUGACUUUACCGAUAUCCUGGACAUCUUAGAACGGGCCUUUGGAGACCCUAACCGCGCCCGUAACGCCCGAAACGAACUCUACCGCCUACGACAAGGGAAUAAGGAGUUCAGUGUGUUUUUCGCCGAGUUCCAGCGUCUCGCUAUGGAGGGCGAGAUGCAUAAGGAAGCCCUACCUACGAUGCUUGAGCAAGCGAUCAACCGAGAACUGAAGAGUAUUUUACUGCACCACGAACCACCGAAAGGUGACUACCUCGACCUGGCACGAUUCCUUCAGAACUUGGAGAAUCGUCGAGCUCAGUACGAUGGUGGCCAGUUAGCCACCCCCCGGACGCUUACUGCAGCUGUAAGGACCGCCCCGAAGGCUGCCGAGCCUAAUUCAUGGAGACGAGGCCCCGAACGGGUCCUCACACCCCCGCCUGCAAACCCUGAUGCUAUGGACCUGUCUGCCACCCGCCGCCGAUUCUCCCCUAAUCGUCAGAAUCCAUCCCGAUAUGAACAGAAUGCGUGCUUCCGCUGUGGCUCAAAGGAGCACUUUGUCCGAGACUGCCCGCAAGCCGAUAAACGCCCACUAGCAGCCCGCCAGAUGACUGUCUACCCCCGCUCGCCCCCGAAUGGAUACCGCUCUCCGUCCCCGGGGAGUACCCCCCGUGGCCGCCCUACCUUUAGCCGUACGCUAUCCCCUGAGGACUCGCUAAAAGGCGUAAGCCUGGCCUAA